GCUUUAUAUAAUCCUAAUUUUAAAAGUUUUCAUUUUUCUUGCAGAUUGGGGUGAGUGGGAGAUUGAUUUCAACUGUUUCAGUUAAAAAAGAAGAAAGAGUUGAAGUGUCACUUUGUACAGUUUAACAAUGUUUUAUUGGCUCGAAAACAAGAAAGCGACCGAUGAAGACAGAGCAUCAGAUCCCUGCACCGGAAGAAUGGGGGCGAGCUGAUUUCAAGUUUUUAACCGAUUACAUAUAAUGGGGUGGGUCCCAUUUUCACUGUUCAAUAAAAGAGAGAGAGAGAGAGAGAGAGGGAGAGUGGGGUCUCACUUAGCCAAAACAGCUGGGUCUUCUUCAUGUUCCCUCAUCAUUCAAAUCUUAUUGCUCUUAACAAUAGAUCUAUAUACUGCAUGCUAUUCUUCUGCUUCUCUUUUAUCAUCUUUUUGUUUUUUUUCUUCCCCCAAGAGCAGAAAAGAGGAACAUAGAUAGAGACCCUUCUCUGAGUUCACCAAAGAAACCUCUUUGAGAUCUGGCUGAUUGAGCUAGGGAAUGAUAAGAAGAUGGGGAGGAAAGGAAAAUGGUUUUCAAGUGUAAGGAAAGUUUUUAGCCCUGAGUCAAAGGAGAAGAAAGAUCAGACAUCAAAAAAAUCAAAGAAGAAAUGGUUUGGCAAACAAUAUCAACUGGAUUCUGACUCCACCUCCUUAGAACAUGUCAGAGCGCUUUCUCCUCCUCCCACUCCUCCUCCUGCUCUUCCUCCCUUUCCUCCUCAGACAGAAGAGGUAAAAACAAUUGAACCAACAGAUGAGCAGAACAAACAUGCCUAUUCUGUUCCAGUUGCUGCUGCAGCUGAACCCCUUCAUCCUUCUGUCGAGACCACAAUGGAGGUUGUUCGACUUGUGAAGGUUAAUAAGUUUGCUGGAAAACCAAGCGAAGAAGUGGCUGCAAUCAAGAUUCAAACAGCAUUCAGAGGAUACAUGGCAAGAAGGGCAUUGCGAGCUUUAAGAGGGCUGGUGAGACUCAAAUCACUAAUGGAAGGGCCUACUGUAAAACGGCAAGCCACGCAUACCCUUCAAUGCAUGCAGACUUUAGCCAGAGUGCAGUCUCAAAUUCACUCAAGGAGGGUCAGAAUGUCAGAAGAGAACCAAGCCCUCCAGAGACAACUCCUACAGAAACAUGCACAAGAGCUUGAGAAGUUGCGGAUGGGAGAAGAAUGGGAUGACAGCCUGCAGUCAAAGGAACAGAUUGAAGCUAACCUGCUAAACAAGUAUGAGGCAGCUAUGAGAAGGGAAAGAGCACUGGCUUAUUCAUUCUCCCAUCAGCAAACCUGGAAGAACUCUUCAAGAGCUGCAAGUCCUAUGUUUAUGAACUCGGGCAAUCCCACAUGGGGCUGGAGCUGGUUGGAACGAUGGAUAGCAGCCCAUCCAUGGGAGAUUCGGACCAUGACCAAUAAAGAACUCAAUAAUGAUCACUCAUCUGUAAAGAGUGCAAGCCGCAGCAUGGUUGGAGGAGAAAUCAGCAAGUCUUAUGCUCGCUACCAACUCAAUUCUGAUAAAUUCUCACCCAUAGAUAGUGAGAAGGCAAGACAAACCACGAGCCUGCAUUCCCCUUCAACUCCUUCCAAGCCGGUUUCUUCUACAGUAGCUAGAAAAUUGAAGUCAGCAAGUCCAAGGAGCAGCUUUGGAGCUUUAGAUGAUGACUCCAGAAGUAUGGUUAGUGUGCAGUCAGAUCGAUAUAGAAGGCAUAGCAUUGCAGGAACAUCUGUGCGAGAUGAUGAAAGCCUUGGUAGCUCAUCAACAGUUCCAAGCUACAUGGUACCUACUGAGUCUGCAAGAGCAAAGUCCAGGUUGCAAAGUCCAUUGGGGGCAGAAAAAAAUGGGACACCAGAAAAGGAAAAAGGAACUUUUGGGCCUGCGAAGAAACGGCUCUCUUACCCGCCUUCACCAGCCAGACUUAGGCAGCAGUCAGGUCCACGAAAGGUGGAAAGCAUCAUAAAUUCAGAAAAUGGUGUGGCCAGUGCAAAGGGAUAAAAAUUUAUUAUAGUUGAAGGAUGAGAGUGAAACAAGUAUGAUUCUUUAGUGAACACAAGAAAAAGAGGAAAAUAUGGUUCAUUCAAUUUCUAAAUCCUCUCUUCUUGUGGAAAGUAUUUAUUCAUUGCUGAGAAAGUGUUGUUUUGAAGUGAAAUUAGUCUCUUGGGUUUGUUGUUUCACGAGUAUUGCUUAUUAUUUGUUCUUAUCUAUUUGUUUAUAUUUACUCUAAAUCAUUGUUUUGGACCUUGAUAUCUGUAUUAUGAAUUUAUGUCAAAAUAAUCUCCAAAUUGACUCA